AUGCACGGUGCACAUAAAAUCGGAGAAUACUGGUCAAAAAUACCAACAUAUGAACAUCGGGCGAAAUGCACCCACUGCAACGCAGACAACGAAUCCCUAGAACACAUUUUGAUCAACUGCCCAAAUAAUACCAGCUCACUAAUCUGGUCCCUAGCCAAACGAACAUGGCCCCUAAAAUUUGGUAACUGGCCAAGGAUAAGCAUAGGAACAGUCCUAGGAUGCGGAAACAUAAACCUACCACCGUUAACUAGACAAAAUAACCCACCCGACAAUCAACCAGCGAACAACUCACAAAAAGGCGCCUCCAGACUCCUGAAAAUUCUGAUAUCCGAAUCCGCGUACCUAAUAUGGACAAUGAGGUGCGACAGAACAGGGACCAUUUAA